AAAUCUUUAGUAUGUAACUGAGAUGCUCUGUUCUUUUCAUAGAUCUGGGUAAUUUCAGUGGUCGGACAAGAAGUGCCGUCUCUGUACGUGAAGGUCAAGGAGUUGUUCUGAUGUGCUCGCCUCCACUUCAUUCGCCAGAGAUCAUCUAUAGCUGGGUAUUUAAUGAAUUCCCAUCUUUUGUGGCAGAAGACAGCAGACGCUUCAUCUCUCAGGAGACAGGCAAUCUCUACAUCUCCAAGGUGCAAACAUCUGAUGUUGGCAGCUAUAUAUGCCUGGUAAAAAACACCGUAACAAAUGCCAGAGUUUUGAGUCCUCCUACACCUCUGACACUGAGAAACGAUGGUGUGAUGGGGGAAUAUGAACCAAAAAUUGAAGUCCAUUUUCCUUACACAGUUACAGCUGCAAGGGGAACCACUGUUAAAAUGGAGUGUUUUGCACUUGGCAACCCUGUUCCAACAAUCUCUUGGAGGAAAGUUAAUGGUCAUAAUCCAAGUAAAGCCCGCCUGAGAAAAUCCCAAGCUGUGCUUGAAAUACCUAACGUGCAACUAGAGGAUGCAGGGAUGUAUGAAUGUAAGGCUGAAAACUCUCGUGGAAGAAAUGUCUUCAGAGGACAACUACAAGUGUACACCUACCCCCACUGGGUGGAGAAACUUAAUGAUACUCAGUUAGACAGUGGAGAUCAGCUCCGAUGGGAAUGUAAAGCCACUGGAAAGCCAAGACCCACGUAUCGUUGGCUGAAGAAUGGAGUUCCUCUCUGGCCACAGAGCAGGAUUGAGAUGGUUAAUGGUGUUCUGAUGAUCCACAGUGUAAAUGUCUCAGAUGCUGGAAUGUAUCAGUGCUUAGCAGAAAAUAAGUAUGGCACCAUUUAUGCCAGUGCUGAGCUGAAGAUUUUAGCUUCAGCUCCCACUUUCCCACUAAAUCAAAUGAGGAAAACAAUAAUUAUUACCAAGGGCCAAGAAGUUGUCAUUGAGUGCAAGCCACAGGCCUCUCCAAAGCCAACUAUCACUUGGAAGAAAGGAGACAAAGCGUUAAGGGAGAGUAAGAGGAUAACUAUUCUUCCACAUGGGAGCCUGCGAAUCUUGAAUGCUUCCAAGUCUGAUGAAGGCCGGUACUUAUGCCAAGGUGUAAAUGUAUUUGGAUCUGCAGAAAUCAUUGCAUCACUAUCUGUUAAAGAACCUACAAGAAUAGAGCUGACUCCGAAGAAGAUAGAGUUAACGGUUGGAGAAAGCAUUGUUCUCAGUUGCAAAGCCCUUCAUGACAGCACCCUAGAUGUCACUUUCUAUUGGACACUCAAUGGACAGCCAAUUGACUUUGAAAAAGAAGGUGGACACUUUGAAAGCAUCAAGGCACAAGCGUCCUCUGCAGAUUUAAUGAUCAGGAACAUCCUCCUGAUGCACGCUGGUAGAUACGGCUGCAGGGUCCAGACGGCAGCGGACACCGUGUCGGAUGAGACGGAGCUGCUUGUGAGGGGUCCUCCUGGUCCCCCAGGGGUUGUAAUAGUGGAGGAAAUUACAGACACCACAGCAACACUCUCCUGGAGUCCUGGGGCAGACAAUCACAGCCCUAUCUCCCUCUACAACCUGCAAGCACGCAGUCCAUUUUCUCUUGGCUGGCAGACCGUAAAAACAGUUCCAGAUAUGAUAAGUGGUGACAUGGAGUCUGCUAUGGCUGUCGAACUGAACCCUUGGGUGGAGUAUGAGUUCAGAGUAGUAGCAACCAACCAAAUUGGAACCGGAGACCCAAGUGCACCAUCGCGAGUGAUCAGAACCAACGAAGCAGUUCCAAAGACACCUCCAGCUAAUGUAAGUGGCAGAAGUGGAAGGCGACAUGAAUUAGUAAUAGCAUGGGAGCCAGUGUCAGAAGAGUUUCAGAAUGGAGAAGGAUUUGGAUAUAUUGUAGCCUUCAGACCCAACGGAACACGUGGCUGGAAGGAAAAAAUGGUGACAUCUUCAGAUGCCUCAAAGUUCAUCUACAGAGAUGAAAGUGUGCCACCUCUGACUCCUUUUGAGGUGAAAGUUGGUGUUUACAACAACAAAGGAGACGGUCCCUUCAGCCCUAUUGUAGUCAUCUGCUCAGCUGAGGGAGAACCCACUGCUGCUCCCAUCGAUGUCAAAGCUACAAGUUUGUCUGUAUCAGAGAUUCUUGUUGCGUGGAAACAUAUUAAAGAAAGUCUAGGAAGACCACAGGGAUUUGAGGUUGGUUACUGGAAGGACAUGGAGCAGGAAGAAGCAGCAGAAAAGGUCAAAACUGAGGGAAAUGAGUCAUCCAUCCUUCUGACAGGAUUAGAAGGAAACACAUUAUAUCACCUAACGGUGAGGGCAUACAACGCUGCAGGGUACGGACCACCUAGCACUGCUGUGCGUGCAGCAACCAAGAAGUCCCCUCCCAGCCAAGCACCAAGCAAUAUUAUGUGGAUACAGGAUGGCUCUCAUGUGUCUCUUGGGUGGGAGCCAGUCAGACCUCUACCUAAUGAAUCUGACGUAAUGGGAUACAAGGUAUUAUUUAGGCAAGAAGGCCAGAGCAACAGUCAAGUUAUAGAAACACAAAAAACAUCUGCAGUGGUACUUCUUCCUGAUGUUGGUGUCUACAUCAUCGAGGUCUGUGCAGUCAGUGAAGGAGGGGAUGGGACUGCAAGUCCCCAGAUCAGAGUUCCAUCUUUUUCAGGAGGGAAAGUAACAAGUGCUCAGUCCACCUUACAUGUGUUGUCUACUUCCUCGUCCUCUGUAACAUUGCUUUUGGCACUGAUGGUUCCUUCAGCCUCAUGGUGAAGACUGCAGAAUUUAUUAUUGUUGUUAUUUGUUUGCUUUAGCUUGAUGACACCAAGGAAUGGAGUUUUAUGUCCGUGGAGAAACUGAAAACCUAAGCUAAUGCUUAAAGACCCAUAGAAAUGCCUGUGAUGCACUUAGAGGAGCGUUGGAGACACAGUCAAUAAUUCAUCAGGUUUUUUUCUCUUCUUUUUUUGUAAAAGUCCUCUGGGGAGGGGACACUUCUUGGCCCAAAAAAUAUGCAGAUUGUAUGUAAUAAACUUUUGUAAGCAAACGUAAUUUCUGUCAAACGUACUUUACUUUUUUAAUAUGUUCAAUUUUGGUGACCCCAGUCAUGUAUCAUUAGGUGUUUAAACAGUGGUAUCUAGUACAGUACAUCUGUUUGGUUUGGAAAAAAAUCCUUUUUUAAAAUAUAGAAUAAAGUUUGAUACAGCUUUGUCGAAUACUUUUCUUGCAUCUCCUAUGGCUGGCUAUUCUUACUGACAAGAGAAAAAAAUAUAAUUUAGAUACAUAGCCCACUGCAAAAGUACAGAGAACUUUGUUCUGAAAAUAUAUGGAUAAGUAUUUAAUCAGCAAAAAGUAUUGUCAAUAAAAUACUAGGCAGCACGCUCAAGAAGUGGCAAAAUGGAGCAGAAAAGCCAUUUAUUUUAUUACAAGGUAAAUGGAAAGUGAUUAAACACAAAAGGAAAGUAGUUUGCUUUUUAUCAAAUACCACAACUUAAUGUCAAAUGAAUUAAAUAUUUAUUUUCAAUAGCAA